AUGCCGAAGGGCUCGCAGUGUAGGCAGAUGCCCUGUAGACUCUCUGAGGAGGAGGUGAAGCUGAACCCUGGGUGUUGUCUGCAGCAUCUGUGUUUAGAUGAAGUGUACGGCUUGUCGUCAGUAAGAAAUACCAUGGCGCUGGCAGAGUAUUUCGUGCUCCUGGCUGUUCAUUGAAAGAGUUACCUGAACAAUCUGCAGUUUUAUUGCUUUCUCCAUUACGUCCCUGACCUGAAUAAGGACCACCAGAUCAUGCUCCUCUUCGACUUGCUGGACCGAAAUGCGAGGGGAGGAUUUGCUAACUGUCCUGAAAAGCAUUUCAUUCACCAGCACGCAGGACCUGCCUUUCAACUGCUGGAUGUAGACAGGGAUAAUAUGACUGAUUUUAAUGAGUUUGAAGCCACAAGGUUUCUCUUCAACAUCCAGAAAGAAGAACUUACAAGGAUAUUCAAGGACUUCAAUAUUUCUGGAGAAAUUACAGUCAAAAGAUAG